UCAGACCGAGACAGCCAAGGUCUGCUGCGCCAGGAGCAGUGCCCACAGAAACCCAGGGAGAGAGAGGGCAGUGCACCAGUCAUGGGUGUCUCUCAUGAGCCACAGAUCCCAGCCAGGGCCAGGCUGGAGUGAGAGCCACCAGCAGAGAAACUGGGCAUUCUCCUGGCCCCUCCAGCUGUGAAGGGAAGGAGCACAUGAGAGCUGCUGGGAAGAGACUGUAUUUACAGCUCCAAAGGCAGCCCAAGAAAGGAGGCAAGCAAGGGAGAUAGCCCUCUCCCAGCUGGACUCAGCCCCAGCCGGUGGGUUUUUAAGCCCAUGCCCAGACUCUUGGUCCGAGCUCUCACGAGCGGAUUGGAGCAGGGAGUACUCUGAAGUACAGGGACAUUUCUCUAAGGGAUCCUUGAGCCUACACAAUGUGCUUUCCCCCCACAAAGUAGGACACAUUGCCCUCUCCUUGGGCCAGGUGGCUCAGCUGUCGAGUACCAGCCGGCUGUUCUGCAAGGGCAACCCAUCUCCUGAGCUGGUGCUGAUGGGAGGACAGGCCUGACAUUGCUGGAGUAUCAUCUCUUCCCCCAAACACGCCAUUCCUGACAGGACACAGUCAGAUUUCUUCUUGCUCUUACGGACAAUGCCUGCCUCUGGGUGGCCAUAGAAACUCUGGCUCCUGGAGAGAAAGGACCACCUCUUUGGUGCCGUGUUGAAGGAUGGCUGGAUCCCUCCCUGCCAGCCACUGGCUCCUAUUACUGUGUGUGGGAUGCCUGGCAGUGGCCUCAUGUGUUGGCUCAGUGGGGUCGGAGAAACUUGGAAGCAGAAGAAGCCGAGAGAAGAAAUCCCAGUGGAAUGAGUAUCCCACAGGCCAGGGAAGAAGCAGCAUGCCUCUGCCAGCCUCUAACGACCCGGAACCCCUUCCUGAGCAGUCUCGCAGCAUCGACCCCCGGGAUGCCUGGAUGCUCUUUAUGAAACAAUCAAACAAAGGGGUGAACAGCAAGAAACGGGACAAAGGCAAAUCAAAAAAAUUCAAGUUUGGCCUGCCAGGCCCACCAGGUCCCCCCGGCCCUCAAGGAGCCCUGGUGACACCAGAAGAAUUGCUGAAGGACUUCCGGCUGCUGCUGAAAGAGGUGGUAAAAGAGCGGGAGAGGAUGAACCUGAAGGCCUGUGAAGGUUGCCAGGAAGGUGAGGAAGAGGAGGAGAGAGGAGAAGAUGACAUCUUGGCACUUGUUGCUGGUCCGUUGGCAAAGAGUAAGCCACAGCAUCGAGUGGAGGCAGCCUUCCACUGCCGAAUACGGAGAAACAUUUCCAUUGAACGGAGAUCCCUGCAAGAACUUCGGAUCUAUUACAUACCUCAGAAAGAGGGGGUGUUCCAUCGAGGCCUGGGGCUGAACCUGACCAGCGGCCAAUACACAGCACCUGUUGCAGGAUAUUACACCUUCACCGCCACCUUGCACAUCGUUCAUGGAGAACAACAGAAGAAAGGACAACAGCGUGCGAGAGAUCGCCUGCGGGUACUGAUCUGCGUCCAGUCUCUGUGUCAACAUAACAUUUCUCUGGAGACGGUGGCUGGUUUGGACAGCAGUGAACUUUUCACCAUCUCAGUCAGUGGAGUCCUGUACUUACAGGCUGGCCAGUAUGCCUCGGUUUUUGUAGAUAAUGCCACUGGAUCAUCCCUCACUGUUCGAAGUGGCUCGGAUUUCAGCGCUGUUCUUCUGGGGGUGUGAAUGGUCUCAAACCACCUGCCCUUACACGCUGUAAGCUGAAUUGGUCUCUUCAGCAAGAACCACCUUAAUUCGUUCCCACCCACGCACAGGGAGCAAAGCAUAGUGAGGUCAGGAGCAGCAGUCUCUACAGAUUCUGCUUAUGCUGCAAAACCCAGCCACCAGCCACCAUACUUUGCACAAGAUCUCAAGCAUCCAAAGAUGAUGGAGAGCCGGAAAGAAAAUUGGAAGCAUGAAAAAAGGAGGACUCACUAAAUCCAUCCCCCUUUAAUUUCAUUUAUGGCCAGAUUUUGAAGCGUAUUUUACAUGGACAAUUAUAAUAUGGCUGACUUCUAAAACCAGACCAAGUUUUAUAAAGGAACCCCUCCCCCCAAUCAAGCACGAAUGCUUAGGAAAAGGUGAUUUGAAGAAGCCUUCACCCAUAGACUAGCACUUUGGCAAUUUUUUGCUGUUCAGUUUUUCAGCAGCCAAAGCCAGAUUAUGUAUAUAGCUCUAGCUUUCUUAUAGCUCAUCAGUUAAGGUUUGCUAUCAGCAGGCACUGGUACUUGGAAGUUAAUUUUCAAUGCAGAGCAGUGUCCUGAUAAGGCAGCAGACUAGUUAGAACGUGAAUUACUAUCCAAUGAUUUUCCACUUCCUAGGCACUGUGUACUCACAUCACCACCCCAUUCUCUGCCCAUGGCAGAGAGCCCAGUCAAUGGGUGGUGGAGAUACUCACCGUUACGCCUGGUUUUAGUCCCGAUAGCGCAGUCUAACUCCGAUUAACCCAAUGGGACUACGUGCAUAAAUAAGGGCUGCAGGAAUGGGCCCUAAAUUAAUAACAAAGGCAGGGAAAGAAAAAGAUGCAGUCUCAUUUCUUAGUACCAUGUACUUAAUUCCUGAGCUCCUGCCAGAACUUCAAUGAGAUAUCCUAGAACUACACUCAGCUCCACCUUCAUGAUAGCAGGACAAGGGGCUCAACUCUCUCUGA